GAACAGUCCGUAGCAGAUGGGGAUGGGCAGACAGCUGGCUUCCUGGGAGAUGGGUCACCUUCUCCUGCUGAGGCCCGGUCUGCAUUUUUUAUGAUCCAUGCCAGGUUAGAACGGUUGAAGGAUGCCAUUGGCACCUGUUUCAGGAUUCCCCAACUUCUAUGGAUCCUGGCAUGUCUAGACCAAGACUUGGUUGAGCUGACAGCUGAGGAAGAUGAAGAUGUAACUAGAUAAACCCUCAAGUUGAGGUCUUUGUUCAAAAAAGGAUCAAUCCUUGGGUUCCAUCCUUCUGCUAGGAGAUGAAAGUCUAGUUUCUGGAUCUUUGGUUGCACCAACCAUGAAGGCCAAAAGCAAAGGAACCAAGCGUCGGAACGCGGUCAGCGAAGAGACUUUAGGCCAAGAACCCACCCAGAGCAGAGAUGAUCUUCUGAAAUAUUCACGGCGUAAAGAAAAGAGGAACAAGGAAAGCCCAAAGGGGACCUCCAAACUUCCUUGGAGCAGCAAGGAUCGGCGCUUGCGGAGGCUGGAGAGCAACGAGCGCGAACGCCAACGCAUGCACAAACUCAACAACGCCUUCCAAGCGUUGAGAGAAGUCAUCCCUCACGUCCGAGCGGAGAACAAGCUCUCCAAAAUCGAGACGCUCACGUUGGCCAAGAACUACAUUAAGUCCCUCACAUCCACCAUUCUCAGGAUGUCCAACGGACACCACCCGGCGGUUGAAGGCACGGGCUCUGAAGGCAAAUCCAAACUCUACGAACACUAUCAACAGCAGUAUGAGGAAGGAGAUGAACCGAAGGAGCAGCUUCAGAAGUACUCCACCCAAAUUCAUAGCUUCAGACAAGGCAGCUAAAGCUGUUCAUCUGCAGUGGUCUUCCAGGGUCCGGGAAGACAUCCGACACAUCAAAUGGACGUGUGUGACUUUUCUCCGUAGUUUUGCAAAAUGGAAACCCAGUUUUGAACUUCUGAUUUAUGAGAGGACCUGGGCAUGAAUCCAGGGGUGAAAUGUAAAAUUUGUUACCACCGGUUCUGUGGGCGUGGCUUGGUGGGUGGGCGGGGGUAAUGUGACUGGGUGGGCGUGGCCAACUUUUUUUUUCUUUUUUAACUUUUCAAAGCAUUUUUUUCUACAACCUCUUCGGCCGAAGAGGUUGCAGAAAAAAAUGCUUUGAAAAGCCUCUCUGACAAUCAGGCAACUCAGCUGGGAUCGUCAGAGAGGCUUUUCAAAGCACUUUUUUUACCACAUCUUCAGCCAAGAGGUUGCAGAAAAAAAUGCUUUGAAAAGCCUGUGACGAUCCCAGCUGAGCCGCGCGAUCAUCAGAGGCUUUUUUUUUUUAACUUUUAAAAGCAUUUUUUUCGGCGGAAGAGGUUGUAGAAAAAAUGCUUUGAAAAGUUUUUUAAAAAAAGCCUCUGAUGAUCGUGCGGCUCAGCUGGGCAUGGUGCGGGGGGCGCAGGGAUUUUUGCUACCGGUUCUCCGAACCACCCGCUGCCAUCGCUACCGGAUCGGGCGAUCCGGUCUGAACCGGGAGCAUUUCACCCCUGCAUGAAUCCAUCUUACGUGCAUAAGUAUAGAGUCUUAUAGGUCCCAUAGGGUCUCCAGCUUGUGCAGGGGAUUUGAAUUAGAAGACCUCCAAGCUCUCUGAUAUUCUGUUAUAAUCCAUCCAGAUUUUUUAAUAUAUUGUUUAGUUUCUUAAAAAGUAAGCAUUUUUGAAUUUCUUAAAAAAAAAGAAGAAGCCAAUAUUCCUACAAUGACUGUAAAUGCUGCAAGCAUGUGUGUUAUGUAACACAACGUGACUUAAUGUUACACUAGGUGGCUCAGUGGUUAAGACACCGAGCUUGUUGAUCAGAAAAGGUCGACAGCUCUGCGGUUUGAAUCCUUAGUACAGCUCUCCUGUGUGAGCUGGGGGUUGGACUAAAUGACCUCCAAGGUCCCUUCCAACUCUGUUACUGAUUUUAGCUCCUCAAUAUCUGGAGAUUAAUAGACCCCCCCCCACGUUUCUGACUUUACGCUCAAACUAGAUAAACUCACGUUAGUUGUUAGAAUUUGUAUGAAUGUUGUAUAUGCGUUUUUAAUUGAUAAAUCAGCGUGCAGGACUCUAGAUGCAUUAUCAAGUUUUAUAAGGCCUUGGUAAGGCCACGCUUGGAAUCCUGCAUCCAGUUUUGGUCGCCACGAUGUAAAAAAAGAUGUGGAGACUCUAGAAAGAGUGCAGAGAAGAGCAACAAAGAGGAUUAGGGGACUGGAGGCUAAAACAUACAAAGAACGGUUGCAGGAACUGAGUAUGUCUAGUUUAAUGAAAAGAAGGACCAGGGAAGACAUGAUAGCAGUCUUCCGAUAUCUCAGGGGCUGCCCCAAAGAAGAGGGAGUCAAGUUAUUCUCCAGAGCAUCUGAAGGCAGGACAAGAAGCAAUGAAUGGAAACUAAUCAAGGAGAGAAGCAACCUAGAACUAAGGAGGAAUUUCCUGACAGUGAGAACAAUUAACCAGUGGAACAACUUGCCUCCAGAAGUUGUGAAUGCUCCAAUACUGGAAAUUUUUAAGAAGAGGUUGGAUAACCAUUUGUCUUAAGUGGUGUAAGGUUUCCUGCCUAAGCAGGGGGUUGGACUAGAAGACCUCCAAGGUCCCUUCUGUUAUUCUAAAUUCUAAAUUCUAGAUGACAAGACAUUGUACAAAAAAGGGGUUUUAACACCUUUGGGAUCAGGACAAAGUAACUUUUUUAUUCCAAUAGAAAUUGGCGCUUCAGGAUAGAACGACAGUAAUGGAUAGAGAAUAAAUGUUCCCUUGUCCCCGUUUUUAGAUUUUUUUGAUCUACAUAAUCUUAUGUUUUCUGUUUUAAUAUUUUUUAAUAAACAUAAAUAGCCUCUCAUUUAGCUGUCUGUAUUUUGCAUGCUGACGGAAGAUUUAUGUUUGCAAUCAAUGAAUUAAAUAGUCAAGAGUG